AUACGUUGAAAGAAUCGCAUUCACGGUCAGUUGACAAGCUGAGAACCCGAUCGAACGAUGGAUUAUCUCCAACUCGGCCUCAUCAUUUUGGCAAUACUCGUGGCCGUCUACUACCUGUCCACGAGGAAUCAGAAGCUUUUAAAGAAGCACGGGAUCGUGCACAUCCCCCCAACACCGUUCCUGGGCAAUCUGGGCCCGUUGGUGCGUCGCCAGUGUCACAUGGAGGACGUGAUCCAGAGGGUGUACGACCUCGAGCCGGAGGCAAAGUACGUGGGGAUGUACGAGUUCACCACCCCGUUGAUAAUAAUCCGCGACCCGGAGCUGAUAAAAACGAUCGGGGUGAAGGAGAUCACGAAUUUCACGAAUCACCGGCCGUUCGUGGACGUGAGGGUGGAUCCUAUGCUGGGCGAGGUGUUGUUCGCGAUGCAGGGCGACCGGUGGAGGGAGCACAGGACAAUGCUGACCUCUCUGUUCACCUCGAGCAAGAUCAAGUCCAUGUUCGUGCUCAUGUCCGAUUGCGCGAAAAGAUUCGCCGAUUAUCUGUCGAAGGUGGAUCGUGAGAUAGAGCUGAAGAGCGUGUUGACCAGGUACACGAACGACGUGAUCGCGAGAUGCGUGUACGGGAUCCCGGUCGACUCCGUGAACGAGCCCGAUAAUAUAUUCUACGAGUACGGUCAAGUGGCGUCCCAAUUGGCGACGUUCAAGCAGAACUUGAUGAUAUUCGUGCACAGGAACUCGCCCCGGUUGGCCAGAUUGCUCAACUUGAAGAUCCUGCCCGACCACAUAGAGAAGUUUUUCCACCGGUUGGUCGUGGACACGAUCGAGACGAGGAGGAGGGAGGGGGUGCACGGGUUGGACAUGUUGCAACAAUUGGUGGACAUGCAGUCGAGGAAGAAGGAUGUGGAUGGGAGGGAAGGUAUGAGCGUGUCCGACAUAGCCAAUCACGCGUUCAGCUUCUUCUUCGGAAGCGUGGACACCAUGGCCACGCAGAUAAGCCUGAUAGCGCACAUGCUUGCCGUGAAUCCUGACGUGCANCUGAGGCUUCAGGAGGAGAUCGACGAGGUUCUGUCGGCGGGGAGUGACGAGCACGGGGAGGGGGGUGUUGGAUACGACGUGGUGCACGAGAUGAAGUAUCUGGACGCGGUGAUGAGCGAGGCGAUGAGGUAUCAUCCGAUUCUGUUGUUCGUGGACAGGGUGUGCGGCGAGACGUUCGAAUUGCCGCCCGCCCUGCCGGGCGCCCGACCUUUCAGACUCGAGAGGGGGAUGAACAUUUGGUUCCCCGUCAAGGCGAUCCACCACGACCCCAAAUAUUUCGAGAAUCCGGAGAGAUUCGAUCCGGAGAGAUUUCUCAGGGAUGGGAAGAGAAUCGCCAGCUCGGGGGCGUACAUGCCGUUCGGGAUGGGGCCUAGGAAGUGCAUAGGCAGUAGGUUCGCGUUGACGGAGAUGAAAAUACUGCUGUUCAACAUCUUGGCCGUGUGCAGCUUCAAGGUCGGGAGCAAGACCACGGUCCCGUUGAAGUUCAAGGAGGGUGUGUUCAACCCGGUCGCUAAGAAUGGAUUCUGGUUGAAGAUCGAGCCCAGGGAGAACUCUUCUUCAGGAGAUGUUGCCUCUUCCAGUUGAUGGAAAGUUGAUCGAUUUUUGGUGUAGGCUCGUUUUUUUAACGCUAUUUAAUAAGUUAUUUCCAAGUUUUUGUUGCAAUAGAGGGUGAGGGAGGCAAAA